CCCCCGCCCAGCGACCGGCGCGCCCCCCUCCCGAUCCGCGCCGCCGCCUCCCGCGCUCUCCCCAGUCAUGUCCCACCCGGAGCGAUGGGGAAGCUCGAGGACAACGAGAGGGUGAUCCUCAACGUGGGGGGCACGCGGCACGAGACCUACCGCAGCACCCUGAAGACCCUGCCGGGGACCCGCCUGGCCCUGCUCGCCUGCGAGUCCCAGAGCGAGUCCCCGGGCGGCGAGGAGCCGCCGCCGCCCCCCAACCCGCCGCUGCCUCCGGCGGGCGGCUGCCCGGAGCCCGGCAGCGGCUGCAGCCCCCGGGGCAGCGGCGGCGCCAGCGAGUUUUUCUUCGACCGGCACCCGGGGGUCUUCGCCUAUGUGCUCAACUACUACCGCACCGGCAAGCUGCACUGCCCCGCCGACGUCUGCGGGCCGCUCUUCGAGGAGGAGCUGGCCUUCUGGGGCAUCGACGAGACCGACGUGGAGCCCUGCUGCUGGAUGACCUACCGCCAGCACCGCGACGCCGAGGAGGCCCUCGACAUCUUCGAGGCACCCGACCUGCUGACUGGCGAGCCGCCCCCCGACGGCGACGACGACGACUUGGCCGCCAAGAGACUGGGCAUCGAGGACGUGGGGGCGGCCGCCGAGGGCAAGGGCGGGCGCUGGCGGCGGCUGCAGCCCCGCGUCUGGGCGCUCUUCGAGGACCCCUACUCGUCCCGCGCCGCCAGGUUCAUCGCUUUUGCCUCUUUAUUCUUCAUCUUAGUUUCAAUCACAACCUUCUGCCUGGAAACACAUGAGGCUUUCAACACUAUUAUAAACAAAACUGAGCAGGUCAUCAACGGGACAGAAGCUGUGUUACAGUAUGAGAUUGAGACAGAUCCUGCACUGACAUAUGUGGAAGGAGUCUGCGUGGUAUGGUUUACAUUUGAAUUUUUAGUACGUGUUAUUUUUUCUCCCAACAAACUUGAAUUCGUCAAAAACCUCUUGAAUAUCAUUGACUUUGUGGCCAUCCUGCCCUUUUACCUAGAAGUGGGCCUGAGUGGGCUCUCCUCCAAAGCUGCUAAGGACGUGCUUGGUUUCCUCAGGGUGGUAAGGUUCGUCAGGAUCCUCCGGAUUUUCAAGCUCACCCGGCACUUUGUGGGCCUCAGGGUGCUGGGCCACACUCUGCGAGCCAGCACCAAUGAAUUUCUGCUGCUGAUAAUAUUCCUGGCACUUGGUGUUUUGAUAUUUGCCACUAUGAUCUACUACGCAGAGCGGGUGGGAGCCCAGCCUAAUGACCCGUCAGCAAGUGAACACACACAAUUCAAAAACAUCCCCAUUGGCUUCUGGUGGGCUGUAGUCACCAUGACCACCCUGGGAUAUGGGGAUAUGUAUCCACGGACUUGGUCAGGCAUGCUGGUGGGAGCCCUGUGUGCCCUGGCGGGAGUGCUCACCAUAGCCAUGCCCGUGCCUGUGAUAGUUAACAAUUUUGGGAUGUACUACUCCCUGGCCAUGGCAAAGCAGAAACUGCCAAGGAAGCGAAAGAAGCACAUCCCUCCUGCUCCUCAAGCCAGCUCACCCACCUUCUGCAAGACAGACUUGAACAUGGCCUGCAAUAGCACGCAGGGUGACAUCUGCCUGGGCAAGGACAACCAGCUGAUGGAACACAACAGAUCAUCAGCCACCGUGUCCCACCCUGUUGGACUCCAUGGUGUUUUGCCUCAGUGUCUGUCUCUUGUGUCAGCUUUGCCUGUGCCACAUCGUGGCCUGUUAAGCAAGAUCCUACAAAGAAGCAGUCAUUUAAAAGGAGCAGUGUUAUCAGGUGAAGACAGUGCAGGAAGUGAGCAGCCACUCUCACCUGGUGAAAGGCUCCCUCCCAUCAGACGUUCUAGUACAAGAGACAAAAACAGAAGAGGGGGAACAUGUUUCCUACUGACAACAGGUGAUUACACGUGUGCUACUGAUGGAGGGAUCAGGAAAGGCUAUGAAAAAUCCCGAAGCCUAAACAACAUAGCUGGCUUGACAGGCAAUGCUCUGCGACUGUCUCCAGUAACAUCACCCUACAGCUCACCUUGUCCUCUAAGGCGCUCUCGGUCUCCCAUCCCUUCCAUCUUGUAAACCAGAUGGCGUCAAUCGGCUACAUAGCAUUAAAUCAAAUACUGUUUACCACAUCUUGGAAAUAAGUGUAGCAUUAAGCAUAGGCUCCAGAAAUAUGGUCUAAAUCCUGCAUGAUACAACUGUCAGUAGUAAGAAAAGCCACUUGGGUACCUGAAGAUUUUUGUCUUGGCUUUUAAAGAUUACUUCAGGUAGCAUUUCUCCUUUUAUCUACUAUAUUGUCCUACUUUCCUGUGGCAAUAAAAGGACAGUUAGUGGAUGCUGUUGUCCAUAUAUUCAAUAAAUAAGCAUAUUUUCAGGGAGAUUUACUUAAAAUAAUGUGCUUCCAAGUAAUUAUCAGUCACUCCAUUGAACCUCCAUUUCUUGUGACUCUAAUCCAUUCUGAAGAUGUCUGCUCUGAAGGGUCUGCUCAUUUGCAUGGACCAUCCUGUCUCCAUCACCUGACAAGCAGUGUUGCGGAUCGUGGAGACCACAGAGGGCUCUGAAUGUGUGUUCUCACAUUGUUACCAUCCUGCUGAAAUGAAAGCACUGAUAAACUGGUCUGCAUGUGGGAUUGUUUUUCUGUGUUUAACCUUUUCUUUUAUUUUUUAACUAUCUACUUGUUUAUAAACGACUUUAUUUUGUGAUUAACUUAUUUCGGUACUGGAUUGCUGUAUCAGAGUUCUGAAUGUCUCCGGUUGUUUGCACACAGAUAACUGCAAAGAGGUUGUCAUUACUGGUUACACGCAAGCAGAAGCCAGAUCUCUUUCUUAAUGGCUUGGGGAAGGCACAAAACAUGCAAGAAAGGUAAACGCCAUCCAGACUUGCAAUUUUAAGCUAGCAAGUGCUGCUUGGUACUGUAGUAUUUUCUCUACUCCAGGGUUCUUCAACAUUUUCAGAAGCUGAGUACCAAGUAAAAUUGAAACAAUUACUGGGGGCUUUUUUUUACCAUUGUAAGAGGGUAGUAGUUCUCAAGUCGGGUUUUUGACCAGCAUUAUACCUCUGGCUAGUGGGCUUCAAGAAUUUCUUCAGUCAAUGUUUUUUGAGGUGCUUUGUCCUAUGUGUUGUUUGUCUGUCUGUUUUGCAACCUGUCUCCUUGUAUUCUCCAUCUGUCUCCAUAAAGCACAGAGAUUCUGUUAAAAUGCCCCCCUCUUUUAAGAUGAACUAAGAACACUUUUUUCUCCUUUUCUCUUUUUUUCAUAUGCACUAUACAUCCAUGUGUAGAUAGAAAUAUACAUAUUUUUCAAGUGCAGUUAGUAUCAUCUAGACUAACUCGUGUGCACUCCUAAGGUUUUUUGAGCGGCUUUUCAGCACUGACCGGUUGCCUAUUGCAUCAAUCUUCCUCCCAGCAACCAGCAUUCAUUACAAUUUUGAAACUGUAUCUCCUCUAGUGGCUUUUUCAUUCAAUACUAACCUCUGUUUAUGCAACAGGACAAAUGCAAUGGCAAAUUUGAGGUUCUGGGCUGGUGAGGAAAAAUUACCCUUAAACUGUAGAGUUUUAGAAGGCCAUAAUGACUGAAAUCUUCUUAAGUGAUCCUUGAAAUUGUUGAAUAAUACCUGACUGUCAUGUUUUACUUUUUUGUUAGGAAAAGAAAUUAAAUUUAUUGUUGACCAUGUAACAUGUUCUUCUGUAUAUAGCCAAGCCCAAUAGCAUGACCUGCAUGUCAGAAUUCCUGUACAAUAAUGUAGUUAUCAAAGUAUACAUUUCUGAUAUUUAGAGAUGUACAUUGAUUUACUUUUGGUAAAAAUAUUGUCAAUAGAGAGAUAAUUGCAAACAGCUUUUAGCAAAUGAAUUAAUAUAAUAUCUGGUGCUGCUGUUAUAUUAACUACAGUGUUGUACAGAAUUUAUCAUGGAUUUUUGACUGCUGAAAAAGGGACAAUGGAAUUUAGCCAUACCAAGGACUGUACUGGAAAGAGACU